CCGCUCCGUCGGAUAAAAAGGCGCACCGGCGCUUCACUCCAAACUGGAGAGUGAAGCCACGAAGAAUCGUGCAAAAUUCAGACUGGAAGGAGGAAAACUUUAAAUUGACAGUAACAGCAAAAAAAAAAAAAAAAACAUGUAAAUGCAUAGGAAAUGGCAAGAUGAAGUUUGUCAGUAGUUUUUCAAACACCUCGGCCACGCGCAAACGUGCCUGAAAUGGAAAUCAGUGGGGUCUGAGGUCUGAGGCUUAAUUUCCGAGGAUUACACCGAAGAUAUCGCUGGCUGUAAUAAUUCCUGCGUCGAAGCCAAUCUGACCGACCAUGGGAUGGAUGUCUUGAACGGCAGCGAUGCAGCGGCGAGGCUAGACGGGGACGCGUUUGAACUCUUCCCCUUCGCUGCGUACAACUCCACUUUCAUGUUCAACAAGACCAAUAAGUCUUGGUCGGACCUGUUCAGUUUGCUGGAUUUGGACAGAGCCGAUUUCAUUGCGGACGGUUCCGCGGUUGUAAGAAUAAUUAUUUCUAUCAUAUACUCGGUGGUGUGUGCUUUAGGACUGAUCGGGAAUAUUCUGGUCUUGUACCUGAUGAAGUCUAAACAGGUAUGGAACAAGUCCUCCAUCAAUCUGUUCGUGACAAGCCUGGCGGUUACAGACUUCCAGUUCGUGUUGACCCUGCCCUUCUGGGCGGUGGAGAAUGCCCUGGACUUCACCUGGCUGUUCGGUAAAGCUAUGUGCAAGAUCGUCUCCUACGUGACGGCGAUGAAUAUGUACGCUAGCGUCUUCUUCCUCACUGCCAUGAGUGUGGCUCGAUACUGGUCUGUCGCCUCCGCCCUGAAGAGCAAGAGACGUCGGCCGUGCUACUCCGCCAAGUGGAUGAGUCUGCUGGUGUGGGUCUCCGCCGUGAUAGCCGCCCUGCCCAACGCCGUGUUCUCCACUACGGCCGUGGUGUCUAGCGAGGAGCUCUGUCUGGUGAAGUUUCCGGACAACAGUGGUGAUGCGCAGUUCUGGCUGGGGAUCUACCAUGCGCAAAAAGUUCUGCUGGGUUUCCUCAUCCCGCUGGGGGUUAUCUCCGUGUGUUACUUGCUUCUCCUGCGCUUCAUAACUAACAAGCACGUAAAUACCUCCAGCGCAAAAAGGCGCUCCAAAGUGACCCGAUCUGUGACCAUAGUCGUCCUCUCGUUUUUCCUCUGCUGGCUGCCGAACCAAGCGCUCACGGCGUGGGGAAUCCUGAUCAAGCUCAACGUGGUCCAUUUCAGCUACGAGUACUACACCACCCAGGCGUACAUCUUCCCUGUGACCGUGUGCUUAGCGCACUCCAACAGCUGCCUAAACCCAGUACUCUACUGCUUGAUGCGAAGGGAGUUCAGGAAAGCUCUAAAGAAGCUUUUUUGGAAGAUCACUUCACCCUCAAUUACCAAUAUGCGGCCUUUUACGGCCACAACAAAGCCAGAACAGGACGAUCAAGGAAACGCUGUGGUCCCAGUAAACCCACCGGAGUCCGAUGUGAUGUUUUACCCGCCUGGUGUGGUGAUGUACAACGGGAGGAACGACCUUUUGCCAAACAGCACAUGACAGACUGCUGACACGCGUGUCAGCAAUGUCCCGUUUCAUGUUGGAUCUGUUCAGCUUUUUACCUUCUUACUUUACUGGAUUAUGAUUCUGCUCGUCCUGAAGAAGGACGAAGCAUCCGUUCCCGAUCCAGAAAUUCCGCGGAAAAACUCAAAUCUUUAUGACAUGUACAUAUGUAGAUUUCAUUUCAGCCCAUGUAUGUAUAUAAAAUCGGUCACCCACUGGUAUCACUGCUGAGAUAUAAUGUGCUGAAUUCUGUUAAAUUAAAGAUGAAUUAAACUGUCUUAGAAUUAA